AUGAACUGUAAAGAUUUGAAGGUCUGGCUUCUCUCCUUUUGUUUCAUUUCAGAGUCAAUAAUUUCUCAAUUCAUCAAAUCCAUUCUUCUUCUUCCUCCUCCUCUGAUUCCUUUCCUGAGAAAAACCCUAGCACCCUCCCUCUCUCAUUUUCCCCCAAAUUCCACGAUUAAGGGGGAGAUAAAACUUCAUAGAUUGGUUGAGUGUGAAGGUUGCUCUGUUUCUGAGCCUGAUGGUCUUGGUUACUAUGCUCUUCAAUGGUCCGCUUUGAACAACCGCACCGCCGUUGCGCAUUAUAUUGUCGAGGUCUGGUUUUUUUGUGCUUUAGCUCGUCGAGAUUCCGAUUUUACGUUUUUGCUUGUUGUUGCUCUGGAGGCUAUGUUUACUUCUCCAUUUUCUGAAAUUGAUUCGGGUGGAGAUAUAAACGCGACGGAUCAUACUGGACAGACUGCAUUGCAUUGGAGUGCUGUUCGUGGUGUGAUACAAGUUGCAGAACUCUUGUUAAAGUGUAGAUGCAACCGAUAUCUAUGA